AUGUCAAAGCUACCAACGCAUCUCAAAAUGCUCCGCAGGCCUCGUUCUCCUCGAGAAGCAUAUGAGAUGUGGCGCAAAGAGGGAGGUGGUUACCAAAUUGGUGUUCGUCUUAACGACGCUUCAUCCAAGAUUAUCACAGAAUUCCGUCUCGGGAUCUCGAAGGCUGCAGGAUGUCCACCUGUUAAAGUAGCACAGCAAAACGUCGUCUUCUUGUUCGCCGAAGUUCCUGCGUCUGGUCUAGAGUUCUACGAAGAUACUUUAGCUACCGUCGCAAAGCAUCGCUCGCCCUUUCGAGUUAUCUUUGAGGAUCCUUUUGUAUCAGGACAGGACAAGGAAUCUCCCUCUGUUUUGGCGUUAGAGAUUGUCGGCUUAGAGAUACACUCAGUGUACGAUGAGCUCUGGGAGCACCUUGGUGCUGUGCCGCGCAUGAGAGCCCAGAAAUCGGGAAAAAGACGCCUGAAAAUGAACAUCUUGAGCUCUGCACCGAGUGAGAAAGUCAAAAGUGGAUUGUUGCUAGCAGGGGCUGAGCUCCGCAAAGCCAAUCUUUCCGCUACAGCGAUUGGCUUAUGCCUCCGUUUUGUGCCAGUCUACGCACCUAGGGAACGAUUCUACAGGGCAAACACCGUUCUUCCAGAUUGGCAAGUCAUCCCAUUCCAAGGCAGCAAAAGGAUCUCGGCGCUUGAAGACGGUGAUCAACCCGACUCUUCAUCUUAG